GGGGGGAGCUGCCGGCGGGGCGAUGCUGGCGGCGGAGGCUGCGGGCUGCUCGGAGCAGCGCACCGGGGAGCGCUUCAGCGUGCUGACAUGGGAGCAGGUGCAGCGGCUGGACCAGAUCCUGGGCGAGACCGUCCCCAUCCACGGCCGAGGCAACUUCCCCACGCUGUCCGUGAGGCCCCGGACCAUCGUGCAGGUUGUCCGCAGCCGCCUGGAGAAGAAGGGGAUCGUGGUGCACAACGUGAGGCUGAACGGCUCCGCUGCCAGCCACGUGCUGCACCAGGACAGCGGGCUGGGCUACAAGGACCUGGACCUCAUCUUCGGGGUGGAUCUGAAGAGCGAAGACGUCUUCCAGCAGGUGAAGGACGUGGUGAUGGAUUGCCUCCUGGACUUCCUCCCCGAGGGGGUCAACAAAGACAAGAUCACCCCCAUGACCCUAAAGGAGGCUUACGUGCAGAAGCUGGUGAAGGUGUGCAACGAGACGGACCGCUGGAGCCUCAUCUCCCUGUCCAACAACAGCGGCAAGAACGUGGAGCUCAAAUUCGUGGACUCCCUGAGGAGGCAGUUCGAGUUCAGCGUGGAUUCCUUCCAGAUCAUCCUGGAUUCCCUCCUGCUCUUCGGGGAGUGCUCGGAGAACCCCAUGGCGGAGAACUUCCACCCCACGGUCACCGGGGAGAGCAUGUAUGGGGACUUCGAGGAGGCCAUGGACCACCUGCGGAGCAGAGUCAUCGCCACCCGCAACCCGGAGGAGAUCAGAGGGGGGGGGCUCCUGAAGUACUGCAACCUCCUGGUGAGGGGCUUCAAACCCAAAUCCGAGGUGGAUAUGAAGGCUCUGCAGCGCUACAUGUGCUCCAGGUUUUUCAUUGACUUCUCCGACAUCGGCGAGCAGCAGAGGAAGCUGGAGUGCUACCUGCAGAGCCACUUCGUGGGCAUGGAGGACAAACGCUAUGACUAUCUGAUGACCCUCCACAGGGUGGUCAAUGAGAGCACGGUCUGCCUCAUGGGACACGAGCGGAGGCAGACCCUGAACCUCAUUGCCACGCUGGCCGUGAGGGUCCUGGCCGAGCAGAACAUCCUCCCCACCGUCACAAACGUCACCUGCUACUACCAGCCGGCCCCCUACAUCAGCGAGAUCAACAUCAACUACUACGUCACCCACGUGCAGCCCUUCCUGCCCUGCAACCAGUCCUACCCCACGUGGCUGCCCUGUAACUGAGCCGGGAGGAGCUCCAGGGGCUGCCCCCGAGGUAUCCCCUUCGUGGAGCCAGGAGUGGGGGGGGGGGAGGGGGGGGCAGCCUUCGUAGGACUGCAACGAAAGGAAACUUCACUCUCGCCCCCCCCCUUUCCCCCCAGCUUGUGUUGCUGCUGGGGUGGUCGGAGCCGGUCCUGCACCUCCAUGGGCCGUGCGGUGCUGCGGGAGCUCCCAUGGGAAGAUUUAUUGUAGGCAAUGGGGGGGGUGGUGUGGGGUGGGGGGGGGACACGGGGGAGGGGGGGGGGGUGUGAGGGGAGGCUGUGGAGUCCCGGUGAGGCGGAUGUGCACUGCCCUGGGAUGGAUCUGAAUCUUCUUUUCCCUUUUUUUAGUGCAGGGGGUGUUGUGGGUGUGUGCAGACUUUGUGGCUUCUGCCCAGAGAAGCCAGAGUGGCUGAUUCCUGUGAACGGACCAAAGAAUCCUGUUUAAGUGCCUGUAACGAUAUAAACACAACUGUACUGUAAACCUGACCUAUAGGUAGAUAUAUAGAUAAUAUUUUUUUUUGCAGGGGUUGACAUCCCGAGGGCUUCGAGGCGGGGAUGUCCUGUGUGGGGAAACGUUUGUGUUGUAUGGGUUGGGGGGGGGGGAGGGGGGGGUUGUGAGCUGAUUUCUAGUAGCCUUGCUGGAGGGGUUGCAGCGAUGCGUCGCCGGGUUCUGGCUUGGAUUGACUGCGUGUAACUGCCUGGAAUGGGGGGGUGCUGCUGGGGGGGUGGUGGGUCGACUGGAGCUCUCCAUCCUGCAGAGCCUGAAGGUGGUUUGGCCCAUGGGGGGGGUUAUGGGGAGGCAGGGGGGGGUGAUGCAGAUCGGAGUGGCGGCCCUGGGCUGUGCAGGGCGCUGUGUUUUGUAGGGGAAUGGGAAAUGCUGUUGUUGGCACGCGGCGGUCGGGGCUCUGUGGGAAGAGCAGACUUGUCCUUGAAGCACAGGGAGUGCAGGAGGCCGUUAUCUCACGGUGGGGGCCGUGUCCUUGAAGGGGGGGGGUGGGAUGCACAGCCCCCAUCCUCCUCCACUUCGGGGCAGGUCCCGUUCAGAGGCAGCCGCUGUGAUCCCAGCACUGUGAAGCAUUGGGGCUCAUCCCCUAUCUGGAAGCUGAGCUCCUGGGGUCCCCUAUGGGGGGUGGUUGGUGUUAGGAGGAAUUCUGUCUUCCAAAUGAACCCUGUUGGGUCUCGAGGGCUCCGGGGCGGCUCUGCUGGGUGUGCAGAGAGCAAAAAGAGCCUUUCCCUGAGCUGCCCCUUCUCACCAAGCACCAUCUCAGGCUGUCCAUGUGUGGAUGGGGUGGUGGGAAGGCAGCUGGGUGCUCCCCGUGAGGCUAACAGACCCAGCAUCUCUACUAACUCCUUUUUGUUCCUGUGACGAUGUACGGGGCGGGCAGACCUGCUCAAUAAAGUCUAGAGACUUGGAAUGUGUCUAGCCAGAUGGCUGCCUUCUUUAGGGGAUGCCGUGGGGGCUCUUUGCACCUAACACCAACUAACCCAGUUUCCCAUCGGUGCAGCUUUGCUCCCUGCCAAGCCGAUCCCAUGCAGGAAGCACCGGUGAUGCCACAGCAGCUCCGGGUGUCACUGUGGCUUUUCCUGCAGGGCAGCUUUGCUUCCGUGGGCCAUUUGCUCGCCAGCAGCCUGCAAACUGCUUGGUGCUCUGCUCCGUGCAAAGCUGUCCCAAGGGCAGCUUCCACAUCCUCACCACCGCCGCCCAUUGGAGCCCCACGACACGUAGCAUGCUUCUCUCCACUUCUCCAGGCUGCUGACUCUCUCCCUACAGAAACAGAGGUGCACUAAACUGAGAUCCCCCCACCCCCACCCCCAUUGCAGAUGUGUUUCCCUACAGCUGACAGCUCAGCCUACGUUGAGAUUGCACUUUUGGGUUGUGGAGUGUGCGUGGUGGGACUCUUAUGAAUGGGUUGAAUCCGAAUUUUCUAGACCUUGCAGUGAUACUGUGCUGCUCCUGUGAGGGGGCUUUGGGAAGAUUCCAGUAGCUUGAAUGGCACUUGAUUUUUUUUGUUCUAAGUGUUUGUUUUUUUUUUUCCUACACCUGUAUCACCUGUCAUGCGAUGGGCUUGACAUAGACUCACUAGAUUCUUUAGAAUCUGUUUAAAAAUAAAUACAGUGUAUUCAAA